AUGCCGAAUAUUAAGAUCUUCGCUGGCAAUUCCAAUGGUGAUUUGGCCAAAAGGAUAACGGAUCACAUCGGCAUUAAGCUUGGCUUAGUUAAUUCGAAGAAAUUUAGCAACAAGGAGACUUGUGUUGAAGUUGAUGAAUCAGUUCGAGGUGAAGAUGUCUACAUUGUGCAAACUUCGAGCGGUGAAGUUAACGACAAUUUGAUGGAGCUUCUAAUUAUGAUCAACGCUUGCAAAACCGCAUCUUCGUGCCGUGUUACUGCCGUUAUACCUUGUUUCCCUUAUGCUCGUCAAGAUAAAAAGGACAAGUCACGCGCUCCUAUUUCUGCAAAACUUGUUGCCAACAUGCUCUCUGUUGCUGGCGCUGAUCACAUUGUCACCAUGGAUCUUCACGCUAGCCAAAUUCAAGGCUUCUUUGAUAUUCCGGUGGAUAACCUUUACGCCGAACCCGCUGUGAUUAAAUGGAUUCAAAAGAACAUCUCCGAUUGGCAAAACUGUGUUGUUGUCAGUCCAGAUGCCGGUGGUGCCAAAAGAGUAACCUCUCUUGCCGAUCAACUGAAUGUUGAGUUCGCUCUGAUUCACAAGGAACGAAAACGUGCCAACGAAGUCGACCGAAUGGUUCUUGUUGGUGAUGUCAAAGGCAAAGUUGCCAUUUUAGUCGACGAUAUGGCCGACACUUGUGGUACAAUUUGUACUGCCGCUGACCGUUUAACGGAUGCUGGAGCCACCCGCAUUUACGCUAUCUGUACUCAUGGAAUUUUCUCUGGUCCAGCCAUUGAUCGUAUUAACAAUUCGUGCUUCGAAGCUGUUGUUGUGACAAACACCAUUGAUCAAAAGGAGAACAUGAAAAAGUGUCCUAAGUUAUAUUGCAUCGAUAUUAGCACAGUACUAGCUGAAUCAAUCCGAAGAACCCACAAUGGGGAAUCGGUUUCUUACCUCUUCAAUCAUGUACCCCUUUAG